AUGUCAAAACCGAGUAAAGAUCAGAUGCUUUAUAUGUAUCGCAAAAUGAUAGAAAUCCGCCAAUUUGAGGAAGCUGCUGGAACACUUUAUCAGAGCGGUCAACUCCCCGGUUUCCUGCAUCUCUAUAUUGGUGAAGAAGCCACAGCCGUAGGUGUUUGCGUCCACUUGCAAGAUGAGGAUUACAUUACGAGCACACACCGCGGACACGGACACCUGAUCGCCAAGGGUGGCAGACGCGACAGGAUGAUGGCAGAACUGUUCGCACGUACGACCGGCUAUUGUAAAGGUAAAGGUGGUUCAAUGCACAUCGCUGAUAAGGAGACAGGGAUUCUGGGUGCCAACGGCGUUGUUGGUGCGGGGAUUCCACUCGCGGCGGGUGCUGCACUUUCUGCCAAACUCCGCGGCACGCAGCAGGUCGCCGUGUCUUUCUUCGGCGACGGUGCGACGAACCAAGGCAUAUUCCAUGAGACGCUUAAUCUCGCUGCCGUGUGGGAACUCCCUGUCGUUUUCGUCUGUGAAAAUAACCGAUUCGGUAUGGGAACGCCACAAAGCGAGCAUCAACGGAUAGAGGAUAUUGCCGUUCGUGCACCAUCUUAUGAUAUACCGGGUGUUACCGUUGACGGAAACGACGUACUCAAGGUUUACGCUGCUGCAGAUGAAGCCGUCACACGCGCACGCGAGGGGGGCGGACCAACGCUUCUGAACUGCGAUACCUACAGGUUCCGAGGACAUCACAUCGGUGAUCCGGGUACCUCCUACCGCGACCGUGAAGAAGUUCAAGAGCAGGAACGGCAACGCGAUCCCAUCCGACGACUCACCGAAGUCCUCACCGAAGAAGAGGGUGUGAGUGAAGACGAACUCUCAGCAAUUGAGGCGGAACUCGCAAAGGAACUUGAAUCGGCUCUUGAGUUCGCCAAGAACAGUCCGGAACCGCUCCCCGAAGAUGCCCUGAAUGACCUCUAUGCUGGCUCAAUUCAGCCGUAA